AUGCGGGCAGCCACUCUCUUGAUUUCUUUGGCCGCUGCCACUUUCUACAUCGCCCGCGCGCAAGACCCGGAAUCCUCGCUCGUCUUUUCAUCAAUUGAACCUGCGGCAACCGUUGUCGAAACACCGCCUGAAGCCGGAGUCAAACUCUUCACAGAGGAGACGCUGCAGAUCACCGACGAAGUCGUUAACGAGCUUCUAACCAACGAGGAAACUGCCGAGUACGCAGACCUCUUCGCCUUCGCAGACAGCACUCUCGGCGAUGAGGGUAGCGCAACCUCGCAACGAAGGCGUCGACGUCUGCGCAGACAGCAGAGCUCAGGAUGCAAAUCCACGCCGGGGGAUCCGCGAUGGCCGAAUGCCGAGAGGUGGGAUGUUUUCAAUCGACUUCUAGGUGGGGCACUUGAGAAAGUCGUGCCCAUUGCGUCCGUUUGCUAUCCGAACUCUGAGUUCAACAACUACGAUGCGGCUCAAUGUGCGAAGAUCACGAAUGAGUGGCACGUCGAUCGAACGCACGCGGACAGUGACUCCUCCAUCAUGUUUCCCCUCUUCUACGGUGAGACUUGCGUUCAAGGGACGGAUAAAACAGCAUCCUCAGCCUGCACCCUGGGAGGUUACUCUUCCUACUCGGUCCACGUGAGCAAUGUCGCUCAAAUCCAGCUCGCCGUCAACUUUGCGCGCUCAUCCAACCUCCGUUUGGUCAUCAAGAAUACCGGGCAUGACUACAAUGGGCGCUCAACCGGCAAGCAUGCUCUCAGUUUGUGGACACAUAACCUGAAGAAGAUCCAGUAUGUGCCGAAUUAUACAAGCUCGACCUAUAGCGGACCUGUCUUUAAAGUUGGUGCCGGCGUUCAAGGAUUCGAGUUGUAUGAGGCUGCGGAAAGGCAUGGCGUGACCGCCGUUGCGGGUAUCUGUCCUAGCGUCGGCGUUUUUGGUGGAUAUACCAGUGGUGGAGGUCACGGCCCCGUCAUGCAGCUCUUCGGUAUGGGUGCCGAUCAGAUUCUUGAGCUUCAAGUCGUCACAGCCGACGGUCGCUUCGUCACUGUUUCCCCCAACAAGAACUCUGACCUCUACUGGGCUAUGCUUGGAGGUGGAGGAGGCACCUUUGGCAUCAUCACUUCCGCCGUCGUCAAGGUCCAUCCGAAGAUUCCAGUAACCACCAGCGUUUGGAGCUUUACCUCUGGUCCCGUGGGUCCGGAAGUUUUCUGGGAAGCUGUAAAAUUCUUCUGGGACGAGAUGCCCAAGUACAACGCCGCCAAGACGUACUCGUACUUCACCGUGAUCCGGCCCUUCCCUGGCUUUUACGUCUUCGACAUGAACCCAUUUUUCGCCACCAAGAUGACUGUGGAGCAGUUCAACAGCCUGACUGCACCAUUCUUUGCAAAAUUGUCAGCCCUUGGUAUCCCCUACAACAUCGAAACCAAAUACCACACAAGCUUUUACCCAGCUUACCAGGCCACCUUUGCCACGCUCGAUUUCGCUAUCGGAAACACGGGGUCGACGCCUGGUACCCGUAUCCUGCCCAAAGAAAACUGGGAGGAUGCUGCACUCCGAAAUGCCACCUUCGCCGCUGUUCGCGACGCAGUUGACAAGGCACUUCUCAUCCAAGGCUAUCACCAAGCACCUUCAUCUGACGUAACCGUUGCCAAUUCAGUGAAUCCUGCAUUCCGCAAUGAAGCCGGCAUGAUCAUUGCUAUCAACUCCAUCACGGAUAUGUCGCCUGCCGGACUGAAAGCAGGAAAUGAGUACUUCACAAACGAGAUUCUUGGACCAAUCCGUGAAGUCACGCCCUUAGGAGGUGCGUAUGGAAACGAGGCGGAUAUUUCUGAACCCAACUGGCAGCAAGCGUUCUGGGGCGAUAACUAUGCAAGGUUGCUGAGCAUUAAACAGAAAUGGGACCCUACUGGCCUGUUUUAUGUCCAUCAUGGCGUGGGCAGCGAGGAUUGGGUUGUCCAAGAUGGAGAGAGGGGGGUGCAGACACAGGAUGGAAUGCUUUGUCGCGUGUGACACCUUCUCCAG